AGCUAAGAGAAAGAGAGAAACAAAAUCUUUCUUCUUGGUAGUGAAAAAAUUGGGGUGUUGGGGGGAAAGAAAGAUGCCGAAGAGAACAACCCAUACAUACUCGAGUGAGGAUGCAGUUCCCGAUGAUCCAAACUCCGAUCUAUUUGUCUAUUACUGCAAGCACUGUUCCUCUCACGUCCUUAUCUCCGAUAAUCAAUUGCAGAAAAUGCCAAAAAGGAAAACCGACAAAGCAUAUGUAUUGGAUAAAAAGAAGUAUCUCGCGAGACUGAGCGUAGAUGAUGCGGGGAAAGUUCUUCUAAAGCGUGGUGAAGGGAAAUUGGAGAAGCAGUUUCGGAUGUCCUGUAAGGGUUGUGGCCUGUUUGUAUGCUACCGGGCAGAAGAAGAUUUGGAGACUGCGUCCUUCUUAUAUGUAGUUGAUGGUGCACUUAGUACUAUUGCGGCUGAGACAAAUCCACAGGAUGCUCCUGUACCGCCCUGCAUCUCACAGUUAGAAGGUGCCCUUGUGCAAGUGGCAAUAGAAGUCGAGGACCGCGCCCAACGGUCAGCAAUUACAAGAGUAAAUGCAGAUGAUGUCCGGGUCACUGUAACCGCACCUGCAGCUCGUGGGGAAGCUAACAAUGAACUUCUGGAAUUCAUGGGCCGAGUACUGGGUCUGAAACUCUCUCAGAUGACUCUCCAAAGAGGGUGGAAUAGCAAAUCAAAGCUUCUUGUAGUGGAGGAUUUGACAGCUAGACAAGUAUAUGAGAAACUCUUGGAGGCUGCUCAACCUUGAGAUGGCUCCCUAUCAUAGUAGUUUUUCUUCUUGUCAUUUUUUUCCAUGUUUGUAAGAUUGGAUUUUCAGUUUCACAAAAUUGAAUUCAGUUAUCUAUGCAUAUGCUGUUCUGAUCC